AUGAUUGAGUCCCAAAGGUUGUAUGAGAUUAGAAUGAAGCAAAGUACAAUUAGAGGAGAAGUCCUUCAAGGAAUAGAGGAGGCUAUGCGUCGUGGCGAUGAUGAAGCUUCUUCAAUUGGGACACGAAUCAUUUUGCUUUCUUCCUUCACUGGUGGUAGACGUUAUAUGUUUAACCGUUGUCAGGAUGUCAUGGCAAUUUAUAAACAUUUUGGCUAUCCAUAUUUAUUCCUCACUAUUACAUGUAAUCCAAAUUGGCCUGAAUUUCAGCGAUUCACAGAGCGAGACCGAAUUCCCAUCACUGAUCGUCCUGAUAUCUCUUGUCGUGUCUUUCAUGCCAAGUUGAAGUGCCUCGUUAGCAAUCUCAAGGAAGGUAUGUAUACUAUUGAGUUCCAAAAAAGAGGUCUACCGCAUGCACACAUGUUACUUUGGCUUAACGUAGAAAGCAACUUACAAAGUGUUGAAAUUAUUGAUGAAUUCAUCUAUGCCGAGCUACCCAAUCCCCAUAAAUUUCCAUCUCUUUAUAAUGUCAUAACCAAGUACAUUUUCCAUGGUCCCUACGGUCGACUUAGACUGAGUUCUCCUUGCAUGAAAGAUGGUAAGUGCUCAAAAUUUUAUUCAAAAAGAUUCGUUGACCAAACGAGCUUUGAUGAGGAUGGCUAUCCAAUAUAUAGACGUCGUAAUACGGGUGUGACAGUGAAGAUCAACGAUGUUGAUAUUGAUAACAAAUUUGUUGUGCCCUAUAAUCCAUUGCUGUUAAUGAAAUAUCAAGCUCAUAUAAAUCUUGAGUUCUGUAACAAGUCAAACGUCAUUAAGUAUCUUUUUAAGUAUGUCAAUAAGGGUCCGGAUUGGGUGACUGCAACUGUUGGAGAAACAUAUGAUAUUGGUGAAUCUUCUCAGGUGGUUGAUGAGAUCAAACAGUAUUACGAUUGUCAUUUGCUGACGAUGUUCACGGGUUGGAUGAUGGCCAACAGGUGGUUCCCGGAGGGGCGGUCUUUAACAUAUGUUGAAUAUCCAGGCAAAUUUGUCUAUUGUUCGAAUAGCAGGGAGUGGAAGCCAAGACAGAGGAGAUUCUCAAUUGGAAGAUUGAGUUUUGCUUAUCCCUCAUCUGGUGAACUUUUCUACAUGCGGAUGCUUUUGAAUGUGCAGAGAGAGGCAUGUUCUGCCAUGGGAUUCUUGAUAGAUGAUAAUGAGUAUGUUUCUGCUAUUAAGAAAGUCACCGAAUUAGCGUCAGCUGCAUAG